AAAUAUGCAUAUUCAAGAAAAUGUACAGUUUAACAUAGGUUUCUCCCCCCCCCCCUCAGAAUUUCCCAGCCACCGUAAUUCCUCAGCCUGUUCGACCACGACGAAGGUAGGGUCGUUUACAUAGGAAAAAUCAGCAGAUGAAAAUGGUGCGUUAAAUGGCGCAAGAAGAGCUCUCUGCUGAUUCAUGGGCAUGGCGGAAAUAUGGUCAGAAGCCCAUUAAAGGUUCUCCGUAUCCGAGGUGCAGCACCCGCAACAAACUCGCUUCUCUGCCGCCCAAAGGGCUCGAUGUCGAAUAUGGCUUCUUCUUCGUCGUCGUCGCCCGCCGCCGGAGCGAGUUUUUCUCCGGAUACUCUGUCGAUGGAAGGCGAACACAGAACGAGGACGUGCAGAUGGCCGAGGAGGACGACGGCGCCGUAGACGAGGACGACGAGAAUAUAAUCAUGAUCCCGAGUGAUUUGAUGAUCGACGAUGAUGACAUGUUCGGAUCAGGAUUUCAAGAUUCCAAAGAUCACUCUAGCGGCGGCGGUGGAGACUUCUUUUUGAUGUCUCCCCGCCGUGGACAUCGACCAGCUCCCCCAGCACAUUCAACGGCGGUGACUAAGGGCACCUGGAAAUCAUUGAUGGAUCAUUGCUUUUUAGAGAUGGAUGGAAAAACAGGGUGAUUUGAUUCAUGAUGGAAAAACAGAGUGAUUUGAUUCAUAAA